AGCAGCCUCCAGCCAGGCCGCGCGGCUGCGUGCCGAGCGCAUCGAUCGCCGCGCCACAGAGAAAACAAAGAUGGCGUCGGUGGCGUCCGCUUCGAUGGGGCUGGCCGGAGGCCGAGCGCCGCGGCGCACGGCAGGGAACCGGCUCUCGGGGCUGCUGGAGGCGGAGGAGGACGAGUUUUACCAGACUACAUACGGGGGCUUCACGGAGGAAUCCGGCGAUGACGAAUACAAAGGCGACCAGUCGGACAGCGACGACGAAGUGGAUUCCGACUUUGACAUCGACGAGGGAGAUGAACCCAGCAGCGAUCAGGAUGAUGAUGAGCCGAAGCGGAAACGCAGAGUUGUCACUAAGGCCUACAAGGAGCCCAUCAAGAGCCUGAGGCCCAAGAAACUGGACGCUCCCGCCAGUGGCUCUCAGAAAGCGAGAGAAGAAAGAUCGGCGCCAGUAGAGCUCCUGGACGACGUGGUAGACAGCCGUAAGCACAUGCGCCAGUCAACGACCGAGCACACCCGCCAGACCUUCCUCCGUGUUCAGGAGCGCCAGGUUCAGUCGAAGCGCAAGAAAGGCGCAGGGCCCAGCUACGAGAGGCCGCUGACCCAGGAAGAGCUGUUGAAGGAGGCCAAGAUAACGGAGGAGCUGAACCUGCGCUCUCUGGAGACCUACGAGCGUUUGGAAGCGGACAAGAAGCGCCAAGUGCAAAAGAAGCGGAAGUGCGCGGGGCCCACCAUCCGCUACUACUCGGGCACCAUGCCCCUCGUCUCCGACCUGGGCUUCAAGGAAGAGAACGUGGAUGUUGAAGGUUUGGACCAGGAAACGCAGCCGCCCCCGGAGGCCUCGCCGGCCCCUUCCGCCAAAUGCUCCCGCACCUUCCUCACCUUCAGCGACGACGACACCUUUGAGCGUUUCUUCCCCAAGUCCCGGGCCCCCAAGCUCCCCAUGAAGGAGAUCUGCCCCGUCACCCACAAGGCUGCCACUUACCGCGACCCCAUCACCGACAUCCCCUACUCCAACAUCCGGGCCUUCAAGAUCAUCCGCGAGGCCUACAAGAAGUACAUCACGGCCCACGGCCUGCCCAACGCCGCCGCUGCCUCGGCCGCUCUCGUCGCCGGCUCGCCCAUGUCGGACUCCGGCGUCCGGGCCACCAGGCAGAAGAUCAUCAUUAAGCAGAGCGUCCCGGCCACGUAGGCUGCGCACCCGGUCUCCCCUUCCGCAGGCGUGAAAAUCGAGGGACGGGACGUGAAAACAAGAUCUCGGGAGACCAAAGGAGAGCUUUUUACCCAAUUCACGUUUUCUUGAUCUGUCCCCAGGACCAGUUUUGUUCCGUUCCACUGAAACAUCCGGACGGACCCCGUCAACGCGGCGUAAUCCCAGUCCAGUAACGAAUGAACGGAAUCUCUUGGGUCUGGCAAUUCAUUUUUUGCCUUCCCAAAGGUAAACAGCAUAAGGAUGCAAUGUUUAGACCGGGAAAAGUCCUACAAUGUGUGGCUGGCUGAGGCCCACUGGGCGUUGUAGGACAUCCUUUUGUCUAAACAGGCAUAGCAGUUCAUCCUAAAUUGAAAAUCCAAGCCUGUCAAAAGAUGAUGCCCCUCCUGUCUUUGACAAGUCAAAUUCUUUCUGCGAUGAACACCUGGAAAUUGGAAUCUUCAACAUCUGGAGGGCAAAGAGCUUCUCUACUCUAUCCUUGUAGCGAUUUUAUGACAGCGGCGCUGUGCUGAGUGACUCUGUCUGGUCACCCCUUUUUUUUUCUACUUCUUUUUUUAAAUGCAUUCUUCUCCUUCUGUGCCCAGGGUCACCUGCAGCUUCUGUUGGCGUCCCCCAAGUCAAGCAGAGCCUACCUGCCAGGGAUUCUGGUCCAACAGGAUGUGACUGAUCUCCCAUUGAGUCAGCACAAAAGGAAGGUGUUUCUGCCCCCAGCUGGCCACAAAAUAUAGCCGGGAACUGGGUGGGGAAAAGCCAGGCGCACGCUUCGUUGGAGUAGAAUGAGUCCCCCCCCCCCCCGAGGCCUUUCCAUCAGGGCAAGAAGGCCGCCCCUCCAGAUUUUUCAAAAUGUUCUUCCCUUUCGGCGACGUCUGAGUCACUUUGUCAAUAAAUGGCUUUUAAAACGAAA